AUGGGUGACAGUACUCGCGGCUUAGCAGCCUAUGACUUAAAAUUUGUACAACGGAAGGCAGUAAAAAGAGGAGCCUUGGCUGACCAAUUAGCGGAACUGCCCGUGGAAGACGAAAUGAAAGAAUUGGAGUUUCCCGAUGAAGAUCUCUUGAACGUGGAAAAUGAUGUUUGGGAGAUGUAUUUUGAUGGAGCUUCGAAUUAUGACGGAAAUGGAAUUGGAGUCAUGUUCAAAACUCCUUGUGGCGAAUACGUCCCAACCGCAAUCAACUUAGAUUUCGACUGCACCAACAAUGAAGCCGAGUAUGAAGCUUGCAUUAGGUCUCUGAUAGUUUCUCAAGCCUUGAGAAAAUGGAAAAUUAAAGAAGAGCGUUUGGUUCCUUACCUACAACGUUUGGACGAAUUGGCCCAACAAUUUGAAGAUUUAUCCUUCCACUACUUACCGCGAGCCAAGAAUCAGUUCGCUGAUGCUCUGGCCACUUUGGCCUCCAUGGUCAACGUGGGAGGAGACCGAGUCAUUCGACCUCUCACAGUUCGGCUACAGAAACAGCCAGCACAUUUCAUGAAUUUGGUGGAUGACAAGCCCUGGUACUGGGAUAUACAGAAUUAUCUUCAGAAUGAAGUUUAUCCGGAGGGAUCUACCAAGACUGAUCAACGAACACUGAGACAGUUAGCAUCCGGAUAUUUCUUUACUGGGGGAGUUCUGUAUAAGAGAAGUUCGAAUGGCUUACACCUAAGGUGCGUGGAUGAGGGAGAAGCUCAAACCAUCAUGUUGAUGAGGGAGAAGCUCAAGCCAUCAUGGAUUCCUUACAUAAUGGGGAGUCCGGUCCACACAUGCACGGGAUAG